GUACGUUUAAAAAGUGUUUAAAAAAGUGCAUUCAUUUCAAUAAGAGAAAAUAGAGAAAAACGAACUAGUUUUGCAUGCACUUGGUCUGUGUAGUAUGGAUUUAUGCCUGCGAGGGUCGCAGAUAAAUUUAGUUGAGCGACAGAAACCGCGACCCAAAUAUAACUCACAAACAAAUUUGUACCAUCCAAGUGCCAAUAAUAACAACCACAACGGCAGUACCGCACGUGCACGUCCGCGUUCGGCCCAAUUCUUCGCGAAACGCAGUCGCUCCUCACCGUUUCUAAAUCGUCCACAAUCGGCUGAGCCUAGCCAGUUUGGUGCUGGUGCUAGCGCUAGAGCUGGCGGUGUUGGUGGUGUUGGGCGCAAUUCAACCAGCAAUUUUGGUCAGUAUUGUGGCCGCGGUGGCGAGUACUUGGCCCACAAGUUUGACAAGAAUAAGCGCUACCAUUCGAUCUCUUCUUCAAGUUUGCUGAAACUAUUGAUUGACGAGCCGAUUAAGCGUUCCUGGUUGUGUCGUGGUAGUGUCUCCUCACCGGAAACACAAUCCGAGCAGAACAGCGCCAGAAAGACCUCGCCAUCGUAUUACGACUGCAGCAAGCGAACGCGCACCGAGUCUGCGGGUGGCAGCAGCGUGGAGAGUGAGGCAUUGAGAAAACAACAACAAGCGAGUGGGGAGAAUAGUAGAUUUAGUAUGAGUGCCUCAACUUCACGCCUGUCCAGUGCCACUUCCGCCUCCAGCUUUUCAUGCGCAAAAUCAGCUGGUUCCACUGCCUCGACUACAUCAUUGCGCGCCUCCGACUAUUGGCAGCCAAACACUGCAUCCAUACAUACGCAAAUACAGCAAAAGCAGACCAAACCUGAUCUUCCGGGACGCGUGUCCUUUUGCAAACCCAACACCAGCACAUCGUAUGAGCCGGAUCUCAGUCUCAGCGACUGUGAAAAUGACAAACAAAAGCCUUGCGAACUUACCACGGCUCCCGCCCGGCGCCAAGUUGAGGCAGCUAUUUCUGCACCAGGGCCCGUGACACUGCCAACUUCAGCCAGUUUCAGCAACAAACCAGAGUUUCCAGCGCCAACAAUCGCCUCUAGUGAGCUGCCAACCUCGGCAGGCGCAAAAAAGUCAGUGCAUUUCGGCGCGCCCGCCAAUGGUGACGGCAUAUUGGCUGAAACUUAUGAAUAUCCAAAGUGUCCAUCGGAGAAUUGCUCGUGCAGCACGCGCAGUUCGUCGACAGCGAGCAGUACACUAGACGGUGGCGCGGAGACUAAGUGCGCUUGUGACAUGCCCACUUGCAAAUUUAGUGCUGAGGGCAUAUUGAGGAGAUCGAGUCUAACGGAUGUGGAAGAUAAACUGGAUUUCACUUCAAGUGAUGGUGCUCAGAAGCGAAGUGCGCCCAUGGAGGAACUUAAAGUGAUACGUGAUUAUAAAAGUGUGGUCGGUGAUCAGUUGGAGAACUCAGUCGUUAAGCAAAUACUUGAAGACGACAAAGCUAAGUUUGGCAACUUUGAUAACUCGAAUAAUACACUAGAGUUGCCAACUUACUUGGAUAAGUACGUUUCGCCAACUAAAUCCAAUGUUUAUUCCGAUAAACCGAAUAAUUUAUCCGAAACAAAACCGUUAACGAAUUUCAAAAGUACCACAAAGAAGAAUUUAGUAAGCAGCACUUCCAACGAGCUCAACAAGAUGGAUAACAACUUGGAGAACAAUUUGAAGAUACAGAGUUCCUAUGCUGGCACAAGUGAAACGGUUAUCAAUAACUACCUAAAAGUAGCGGCGACCACACCACUCAUGUCCAAGAAAAAGGAGAACAAUCGCCCGAACUCGGGUGAGAAACAAUUGCCAGUUAACGGUAAGAAACCAGCAACUCCAACCACAAACAAUCAGCCGGCGAAGAACAAAUUGAAUGGCAACGUCAAGUUAAAAAAAGCUACGAGUUUCGGAAGUUUGCGUGAGGACUCCAAUCUGACAGCGUUCAAUCUCGACAAGGUGGAUAGCUGGAUGUCUAUGCAUGGCGAGAGUAUGCACGAGCGUAAACCGUUAGAAAAACACAAGUCGCUGGAUGCGGAUUUCGAGAAGCUAACAACUGAUGGGUUAGAAGUCGUCGGCCAAGAUGCAGACGUAUUGGGGGAGCAUGACGGCGAAGAACACGCAGAUAGUACGUCACAAGUAUCUACGAAAUCAGAUGGGGAAUCCACAUACGACGAAAUCGUAUCGGUGAUUAAAGAGAUAGAUGAGGACAAAAAGAAAGAUAAUUACGCGGAAAGAGCUGCAAAUGAAUUGGAGCUCAAACUAAAUGCGCAGCCGGAUACUGUAGCUUUACCCUCGACGCGUAGCGAGCUGACUGCCGAUUCGUCUAAGUCACCGGAUAAAUAUAAAGACAUUCUGACUUACUUAGAUAAUGUGGAAGACAGCUGUGAUCGCACUCUGCUCGAGACGCGUCGCUCUAUACCGGAAUCUAAUCGCUCUGAGAUCGAAUUCGUUGUAGAACCCGAUAUAGCCGAGGAUGUGCCUAAGCUAGCCGAUUUACUUAUGCUGCCUAAUCAUCAGCUCGCACGUCGUGUAAUUGCGCUCAGCUUGCGUGCCAACGAGCUGGCCAACGCCGUUUACCUCUCCAAAGAGCACGUGAUGAAAGUGCGCACUGAGAAGCAGAAGAGCAUACGUACCGAGAAGGCGAAUGCGGCGAAUCGUAUGCGUGAACAGAAGAAGCAUUACGAGGCGAUUGUGAAGAGGCAUCAAGGCUUCAUAGAGCAACUGCUGAAAGAUAAAGGCUCGCUUUGUGAGAAAGUUGCUGCGCUCACACGUCGCUUGGAAAGUCAAAAUCAGGCAUGGGAACACAAGUUGGAAGCGGAGGUGGAGCGAGUUAAAGAAAUUACGUUGGCAGGCGAGAAGAUCAGACGUGAGCGCUGGGUGCGCGAAAACACCAAGAAAAUUAAAGAACUGACAGUCAAAGGUCUUGAAAUGGAAAUCAAUAAAAUGACAUGCAAUCAUCAACGUGUAAUAACCGAACUAAAGCAGGCGCAUCAACUACAGCUGUUGGAUUCGCUCGAGGAGGCGCGAGUCAAACAUGAGCAGAUUGAAAGCUCCAUACGUGAGUCGUGCGCACAAGAUCGUGAGGCGAUUAUAGAAAAGGAACGUUUAGCUAUACGCGAGAGAUUCGAGCGCCAAUUGGAGGAGGAGCGCAAAUGUUUCGAUGAGCAGCGUCAAACACUUGUAGAAGAAUUCAACGUCGAGCGCGCACGCCUUCAAAAUGAGUUGAAAGCAAAGGAUGCCGAUUUUCAGGUACGUCGGCAAGAGCUGCAGCGCGAGAAGGAAAUGGAGCUGGAGCAAACGGUUGUCGAAUUGCAGGAGAAAAUGUUCAAGCAAGACGAAAAGUAUCAGAAUCGCAUCAAUACAAUCGAAAAGCAAUACGAAGCCGACUUUGAGCUGUGGAAACGGGACUAUGCGAAUGAGUGCAAGAUGGCGCAAGCGGAAAAAGAGAAUGCAAUCAGGCAACAUUAUCGCGCCGAGCGCGAUCGACAAAUAGAUGCCAUCGUCAGUCGUAUGGAUGCGGAGGCACUAAAGAAUGCCGACGAACAUGAGACGAAAUUGAAUCGUUUGAAGGAGAAGUACGAAAAGGACUUGGAGGUGGUUGAAAAUGCUGAGCAUUUGCUGCGUGAGAAGUUCACAGAGACACGGAGCUCUUUAGCGGAAGCGGAUGCACAAGUGCGGAACUCAGAAGCGGAGAUAAAGCAGUUGAAAAUGGAGUUGGAGCACAGCAAAAAGAUGUGCAACGAUUUUCUGGCCGAACGCGAUCAACUUCGUGAUAAUUUACGCAAUGAAGUGCAGAGCGAGGUGUCGGCUAUCAAAUCAGAGCGUGACAAUGAGAUACAAAAGAUACAUAAAAGGGUGCAGCAAGCGAUUGAGAAAAAGGAUGCCACCAUUGACUUGCUGCAGAAAGAAAAUGGUAGUCUGCGUGAGCGUUGCCUCAAGCUGGAGGCGGUUAUAAGGCAGCAAAGAAAGGAUUAUUGUGUGAAGUAGAAUAGAGAUUUAUUAAGAUGAGCAAUUCACAUUAACUAGAAAGAAUGUGAGACGGAAAAAAUAUUAAUUAGUGGUAAAAAAUACGAAUAUUUGAAGAGGCAGUGAACUAUUCCAAUAAAGAGGAAAGCCGUAAAAAAUGUUAAAACUGAAAGUCAGACAGGUUUGAGUUCUCAAUAUCAAUGCAAGAAGUCAUCAUUUACCUUAUGUUGCUUCAAUCAACUUUCUAUACAAUAUAAAAGCAUACUGAUAUACGAGGGUGGGCUGAAAAGUUUCCGGUUUGAUAACGGAAAACAUUUUUUUGGACUUUUUCAGAUUUUAUUUUCAAUCGAGCGUAAUACAUUUUUUAUGACGGUGUUCGAUUACAGUAAUAUUAUUUUGUAGGGUGUGAUGUAACAAGUUGCUCAAAAUACGUAAAUGCGGUAUUGCUGAUUUCCUCGUUGUCUAUAAUUUUUUCGAUUCAUUUGCCAUUUUCGAGGUUAUGAAGCAAAUUUUCGUCACCUUGUACUAAAACUGGUUGUGCGAGCUACUCGAACUUCAAUUAUUUGAUUUUAGCCAUCGCAAUGAACGACGCAUCGGAUUUUCAAUGCAAUUUUGGAUUGAGUGUUAGAAAGUACGACACCCUACUGUCACGGGGGUUUUCUAAGUACAAAUGUUGUUAUAAAAUAUAUCCGAUAUUCAGUUAAUAUCACAGUAUCACUCACCUUAAUUUUUUUUAGAUUUUUUCGAUCAUUUAUAAUUUUUGCAAAUGCCGUCAGACAGCUCCAAUAUACAAACAGACAAGCAAUGGAACGCAUAAAGGUGAAAGUAAAGAUUUCCAUCUUUCAAAAUUCUUUAUUUAAUUUAGUAAAAAAGUUUUUUUAAAAACAGAAUUAGAUGAUUAAUUUUGCGCCUCCUUGUAUUUAAUAGCUGCAUAGGAUGGAGAAGACUAUUUCAGUGUGAAAUCCAUUACUACUUUUACUUGAAGUAGUGUGAGGUCUUAAAAAUUGAAGUGUUGCCUAACACACGUUUCUUGGAUUUUCAAUUAUUCACAUAAGCAAUCAGUGUCUCUCCUUAAUAAC